AUGUCUGAUCGUUUACCCCAAGAAAUUGUGGAGGAAAUCCUUCACAGACUACCCGUCAAGUCUCUUGUGAAAUUCAUCACGGUUUGCAGAGCUUGGAAUUCGCUCAUCACAAAUCGAACUUUCAUAUCUGAUCAUCUCAACCGUACAAUCGAAGCUUCCAAUAGCGGGGGCUCCCUCUUUUUUCAAUUCUGUCUUAAAAAAUACAAACGGCAGAUUCAUCUUCAUCAAGAGGAGUUUUACUCAUUGUACUCAGUUAAUCAGCAAACCAAUCACUUCUCUGUAGAGAGAUUCCCACUCUCUCAUCUAUUUCGGCGGGAUCGUCUUGAUAUAUUUGCUGGCACAUGUAAUGGCCUCGUCUCUGCUGCUGACUAUUCAUCCUUCCAUUCCGCAACUAUCCUUAUUUGGAAUCCCUUGCUUCGCAAAUAUUUGGUGCUUCCCAAACCAAUCAUGACCUGCAAAAAACGCAAACGUCAACUUUAUGACGACUAUCACCUACAUUUUGGGUUUGGUUUUGAUUCCAAGAAUAAUGAUUACAAGGUCAUUAGACUCAUGAUUCUUUGCGCUGAACAAGAUACUCCUCACGUUGAGGGUUUCUCGUUCUUGGAGAAUUAUUGA